CACAAUCUUUCUGACUCCCACCAAGAGCUGUUGUGGCCACGCCACUGCCUCUCUCUGCAGGACCAACACCUCACAAAGGCUGUACGAUGUGUAACCGAUUUGUGGGAACCUGGAAACUUGUUUCCAGUGAGAAUUUUGAUGACUAUAUGAAAGAAUUGGGAGUGGGCUUAGCUACCCGGAAACUAGGCGGCCUGGCAAGGCCUGAUGUGAUCAUCAGUAUGAAAGGAGACAUAAUAACCAUCAGAACUGAAAGCACAUUUAAAAAUACAACAAUCUCUUUCAAACUGGGCCAGCAGUUUGAUGAAACAACAGCAGAUGACCGGAAAGUCAAGAGUGUCAUAAACUUGGAGAAAGGUUCAUUGGUGCAAGUGCAGAAAUGGAAUGGCAAAGAGACCACGAUAAAGAGAAGACUGGUUGAUGGGAAAAUGGUAGUGGUAAGUUCAUGUUCCCUGUAUGCUGAUAAAGAUCAGAAGGAUGCAGCCUUCAGGUUGUUUCUGUCUAAAAAGAGUAUCAAUUUAGGCUUAUCAAGGAAGCAGAAAGAGUGA